UACAGUAAGACAGUAACGCACAGCUUAGGUCAAAUCAAAUGUCAGCUUCAAGAAAAGUAUUUGUUGUAUUAAAAUUGUGUUUACAUGCAAUCUGAAUUUCUUGUUCAUACUCCAUCACCAUUAAAAGGAACAAAGCAAUGAUCAAAUAAUGACUUAUUUUUUCUAUAUAUAUCAGCAUGAAAACUGAUAUAGUAAUCUAAAAUAAAAAACAAAUACAUUGAGAGUAGUAAAAAUGUAUUAUCCGGAUAAAGAAGCUGCUGGUUCUAGAACAAAAGAGGGAAAUUUAAAAACACAAAGAAAAAAAGAUGGAACUUUGAGCAGAGUUCAAAAAUUGAAGAAACGGUUGAGCUUAAGUUUUGGACGCCUGACAAUUGCUAAAGAUGAUUCUGACGAUCCAGUUGAUCAUUGCAAUGUACCUUACAAUGGUUAUUCAGAAGAGUUUUUGGAUAGACUUGAACCAAAUCGCAUUUUAUCAACUAAUAAUCAAAGACAAUUUGGUUGGAAAAAUAUCGACGAUUUAGAUAGAGUACAUCGGCAACUAUCGGUUUCUAGUGACUCUAAACUUUUAGAUGAAGAUAGUCGAGAAGAAACAAAAGUGAUAUUACGUCCUCGACGCCUUCAAAGACCAAAAUCUGAGGUUUUUAUAGGUGACUCCCUUCCAAAACGGAAUAAACGAUUUUCGGCAUUUGGGGGAGAUUCGCCAUUUGGAAAAUCAGAAGCUUAUAUAAAACUAGAACAAUUGGGUGAAGGCUCCUACGCAACAGUAUUCAAAGGCUUCAGUCACUUAACAAACCAAAUUGUAGCUCUUAAAGAAAUAAGACUGCAAGAAGAAGAAGGCGCACCUUUUACUGCCAUACGAGAAGCGAGCCUGCUAAAAGAAUUAAAGCAUAAUAAUAUAGUCACAUUACAUGAUAUAGUGCACACUCGAGAAACAUUGACAUUUGUUUUUGAAUAUGUUCAUACGGACUUAUCACAAUAUAUGGAACGUUAUGGAAGUGGCGGAGGAGGCCUUGAUCCGCGUAAUGUAAAAUUAUUUCUUUUUCAACUUUUACGUGGGCUAACAUACUGUCAUCGCAGGAGAGUUCUCCAUCGAGAUGUCAAACCACAAAAUUUACUAAUCAGCGAGAUCGGAGAACUGAAAUUAGCUGAUUUUGGAUUAGCUCGGGCCAAAUCAGUUCCAUCCCAUACCUAUUCACAUGAAGUUGUUACGUUAUGGUAUCGCCCUCCCGAUGUUCUUUUGGGUUCAACUGAAUACUCAACUUCUUUGGACAUGUGGGGUGUUGGAUGUAUAUUUGUUGAAAUGAUAACUGGUACACCAACGUUUCCCGGAGUUCGAUGUACUUACGAUCAACUGGAUAAAAUAUUUAAAGUACUAGGUACUCCUACAGAAGAAUGUUGGCCAGGUGUGAGCCGUCUUCCAGCUUACAAACCUAACAAAUUAACAUUUUAUAAAAAGAAAAAGCUUGGGCUCUCGUUUCCUCGGUUGUAUGAUUCAGCUGACGUUGAAAGUAUGGCAACUUCAUUACUUCAACUAAAUCCAGAAAAAAGAAUUGGAGCUAAAGAGGCACUAGAACAUCCUUACUUCAAAUCUUUACCGACAAAACUAUAUGAGUUGCCUGACGAAGUAUCAAUAUUCACAGUCGAAGGGUGCCACUUGUUUCCAGAAUCAAAAUUGACUUAUACGGAUUCAGGAUAUGUUGUUUUGAAAACAUGAGUUUUUCUAUAAGUAUUAAUGCUAAUGAAAGGCAAUAAACUCAAUUGAGAUAAAAAGGAUGGAAGUUUAGAGGAGAAUCAUUUACAAGUAGAUUGUAUAUCUUAAAUUAUCAUACAAUUUUAUUACGAAAAAUUUUUUUUAAAUAUGUAAAUAUUAUUAAUAUGUUACAAUAAUCGUGUAAAAUAAUCUUGUUAUUAUUCAUUAAAAUGUAGGUAAUGGAAUUAUUGUUUGUGUAUGUCGAAGGAGAACUACAUGAAUUUUUUAUACCUCAUUGUUAAAUUUUAAGACCUAAAAUUAUUUUCCUGGUAAACAGAAAUGUGUAUACCGAUUAAUGUACGUCAUAAUCAUUUUAAAAAGCAUCAAUAUCAGUCAUUGAAUAGUAAAGUAUAAUCAGAUAACGCCGAAUGCCGUGUAAAAAAGAAAACUUUCAUAAUUAUUAGCCUAAAUUGUUAAUAAAUUUUUUUUAAAGGCUUUUGUUGCUUAAAAGAUAAAAAAAUGAGGUUUAAUUACCAUUAGCAAAAUGUUCAGUAAAUCUGUGUUCAGGAAUAAUUUGAAAGAUUUUCAUCAUUAACGUUGGUUUAAAGACUUCUUUCAAGAGUUGAGUGUGUUAAAAAUGUUUUACUCAUGAUUGAGUAUGCGUAUAGAUUUGAAGAAAUAUAUGCCGCUUUUUGCUUGUGAUGAAAAAUUUAAAUUAAUGAAAAUACGUUUAUUAAUCGGUAAAUUUACGAUUUUUCGAAAUUACUCGACUUACUUGGUUAUCAGUUGCUGACUUUUGAAAGACAGCGAUUUAGCGUGAUGAAAUUUUUUGUAAAGGUGUUUUUGGUUACCUAAUAUUAAUAGAAAAAUUAUAAACUAAUUUACAUUAAGUAUUCUAUUGUACAUUUUUUUCUAAGGAAAAAAAAUUAUAAUUUAUUAGAAUUCAUUGAAUAUUUUUAACUUUGAGAGAUGUAGUAUGACGUGCAUUUUCAGUAGGUUCAAUACCCAUUUUACAUUCUGCUAUUGUCGAAAGAAGUGUGUUUAUAUCAAUAAAAAUUACACAUUUA